UACCUUCUAUUUUCUCUGUUUCUUUCUGCGCAACAGUCUUCCUCCACCGCCAGAAGAGGACUAGGGUUCUAACAGACUUCUCUCACCUAUUCCUUUCACAUUCCCGAUCGCAUCCUCAUUUCUUUCCAUCCAAUUCCCAGUCCGCUUAUCCUUCUCAGUGAGGAUCCACUCUCCAGCCAUGGACUCCCCCAUCCAACUCACCGAGAAUUCCCAAGAGAACGCCGCCCCCGAGGAGCAGACCCACCAGCUCGCCGUCGCUCCCGUCGCUGUUCCUCCCUUCGCCACCGCCUCCUUCUCCUACUUCACCGCCGUCCAGCACGCCACCCAUUCCUUCCGGCAGCUCCGGAGCUCGUCUUUGUUCUCCUCCCCCCGGCCCACCCAGGCCGCCAGCGGCCGAGUCCCCACUCAGGCCUCCUCUCUCGCCCACCUCUCCCUCUCCGCCUCCGCCUCCACCGCCUCCCCUGCCAGGAUCUCCUGCGGCUCUACCAUCUCCGCCAACCCCCUCCAGAGACCCCUCACCCUCCGCCCCCACCGCGCCCUCGACCUCCGCUGCGCCCGGCUCCUCCCCUCCCCUAGGUGGCCGAUGUCCUUCUCGUUGGACUUCUCCGCCACCCUCUCGCUCUCCAUCAUACCUCCGAAGAUCUCCUUCGAUUGCAACGUCUCCGGCAAUGCCGACCCGGGCCCCUUCGGCCCCAGCCACCUCUCCACCUCCGGCCCCGACCCAUCCCUCGACCCCCACCCGCACCGCCGGCCCCAGCCACCGCGCCUCCAUCGUCUGGUUCCGCGACGACCUCCGCGUCCACGACAACGAGUGCCUCAACGCCGCCACGAUGAGUCCAUGUCCGUCCUCCACGUCUACUGUUUUGACCCCCGCUGCUGCCGCGUGUUUUUGCCGAGGAUCCUCGUCUCUAUCUUCCAGUCCGUCUCCGACCUCCGCCGCCGCCUGCGGGACCGCGGCUCGGACCUCGUGGUCAGGGUGGGUCACGCCGAGAAGGUGCUCGCCGAGAUGGCCAUUGCCGUUGGGGCCGAGGCUGUUUACGUCCACCGCAACGUGUGGUCGUGGCCGAAUGAGAAGUUUAAUGAGUGGGUCGAGGCCGCGAUGAAGGAGGAGGGGAUGGAGGUGAAGUACUUCUGGGGGAACUCGCUGUUCCACAUCGACGACCUGCCGUUCAAGUUGGAGGACAUGCCGGAGGAGUACCACAUUUUCAAGGAGAGAGUGCAGGGGGUGGAGGUGAGGAAGCCGAUCGCUGUGUUGGACCAGCUGAAGGGAUUACCCAAGAGGGGCCACGUGGAGCCCGGAGAGAUGCCUUCCUUGAAGGACCUGGGUGUGACUCCUACUGCCUCCAUGGCGCAGGAUGUUGAGGCGCCUCCUGAGGUUGGAGGUGAGAGCGGAGCUCUUCAGUGGCUUAAGAAAUUCGCCGCGCAGUACCAAGCACAGCAAAACGAGGGGUUCCACAUUGAUAAGAUCUUUGUUGACGAACUUAUUCGCGAGAUCUGGGGGUUUAUGACCAGAGGAUGCCUCUCUCUGCGUGUCCUGUUUGAGGAGCUAAAGGACGCAAUCUCUGCUGCCUCCAAGAACGAUGAUGGUGGCUCAUCUAGCACUGUAUUUAACCAGUUCAUGGAUUUUCUGUUGGUGCUCGAUUACUCGAGAUUCAAUUGGCUCAAGAGGUGCGUUUCGCCAGUGAAACAGGGGGCUCUGGCUGGCACAGGUGCUCUCGUUUGAGCAGAGAAAGAUUGUGGAGGUUGAGAUGAUGAUCUGCCUUGGGGAUUAAAAAGUUCGAUGCUAUCGUCUAUUGCGAGAUGCUCUUAGAUGUUUUCGAGUUGAGGCUUCUACAAGAUGGUGGUGGUGGUGGUUGUUGUGAUCUUGCCGCAAAUGAACUGGUGGAAACAACUCAUUUCCCUUCUAUUAUAUGGACGGCAUCAGCCCGAUGAUUUCCUAUAUGCCUGUGUCUUUCGUUACGUGGCCUCUGCUUUCUUUUUACCUUUCUCAGUUUAUUGAUCCAUACUGUGAAAUUUUUUUGUGCUUCACUGAACUCUGGUGCGGUAUCAUUUGUUAGGCAUUGUAUGUUCCGUUUGCAUUAUGGGCUUCAA